AUGGCCACAAAGCAGGCUCCCAGCUUUAUGGAAGCUUCUCAAUUUGCCAGAACGGAAUUCACCGUCCAAUCAUAUGAUCAGAAUAUCAAACACAGAUACGUCGACAGCCUCGACGAACUCGCGACGAUGUGCCUCAAGGUGAACCAGGAGAUAGUUCAGGAGCUGCAUUUACUUGUUCAAAAUCUCAAUAUAUGCGCAGAAGCCACAAAGGACUCUGAUCUUGAUGGGCUAUUGUCAUCAUUGCAAGCUUUACUGGAAGCAAUUGGUCCAAACCCUGUUACAUCCAUUCAUCAUCUCGCAUCGUCCCUACCCAUUCAGCAAACCGAGUUAUACGUCUCCUCCCUCACAGCGUACAACCAGCGAAUCUCCUCACUACUUGAAACCAUUCCACAUCUCAUGACCAAUAUGAAGAAUGUGGCCAAGAACAUGUAUCUUCCGCUCAAACACCUGGUAAUGGUGCACUAUUAUAUGACUCGAUGGUGUCGAAUAUCAGGGGAUACCACUCUCGACACUUUCCUCAUGCAACUGUCGGAUGUGGUAAUUGGCUGUUAUGAAGUUGCUGGUAUUGAGAUGGAAGAUCAUGAAAUCAUCUCGCUGGAAGACUUGUUGCAGACUACAACCUGUCUGGUACCCACUAUCAAGGACACCGUCAAGUCAAUCAUUACCUGUCUGACGGCUCCUGCUGACUUUGAAGACUGCCCGAUCCCACGACCACCAAAAUAUAAAGGUUCUCUGGACUGCGCCAUGCUUCAAAAUGGAAAGUUUUCCGUGAAAGCAUCUCUGGUGGUCUUAGAAGAAUCUCUCCUUGUUCUAGAGAAACAAAAGAGCAGGUUGCUGUACGUACCUUACAAGACCCAUGAUAUACAAGUCAUGAUGAUAGACCUCGAUGAUCAUGGUAAAAUGGCCUUACAAAUCAGGAUGGGAGCACGUGUUAUCCUCUUCGAAGUAUUAUCUACAGAUGUCGUAUUUCUGAAGACCGCUUUUCCCCAUUUUCUUGCUAGUGCUAGCCAUGGUAACAAGACUCCUACUUCAACAGAUGAUCCAGCUAGAGGCACCUCUUCAAGAAUGAAUCCAUUUCCCGUAGUGCAUGACGGCCUUGCUAGCGAUUCCACCUCCAACUUCCUACAGCCAAAUAGGUUUUGCGGGCGAUUAUCUGAUCUACCACAAACCAUUGCCAAAACUUCAACUGGUAUCGACUUGGUUGUGCCAUUGGUCCUCGUCAGGUACUUGGAAUAUUUGAUCAAGCAUGGCUGUCAUAGCGAAGGAAUAUUCAGGCUUCCUGGCAGCAUUGCUCUAGUUGCAUCAAUCGAAGCUGCUUUAUGUCGCAUGCGAUGGCUUAGUGUAUAUUCAAGCUCUACGCCAGUCGAAGAUCAGCCAGUUGUAGAUAUUCUGAAACUUAUUCGCAGCGAGAAAGCCUCAUAUGAAAUGGCAUACGAAAUUGCCGACAUUGUUACGAGCUGGAUUAGGUACAUCCAAGGGUCCCUUAUACCAGAAACAGUGUCGGAAGAGAUUCAACGACUAGGAAAUAACGUAAAUGUAGCUACGGUCGCCAACGUCUUGACCAGUCUCCCUUUACAUCGUCGUCGUGUAUUUCUCUACAUCUGUGAUUUUUUCGGCCAAGUGGUAAAAUGCACUGAGUUGAAUGGUAUGACUGCUAAGAGUCUGGCCAAAAUCUUCGCACCCAUUUUUCUCAAUGAGAAGACUGGAAGCAAUAUCAAUAUCAUCGUGGCAGAGUAUAUAGACAUCGAAAAAUUUAUUGAAUGCUGCAUCGAAAACAAUCUCGCCAUCACAGAGAGAUUGAAUGUCGGAAAAGCAUUAGAGCCAUCAAUCGGAGAUCAAGUAGCAAACACUGCCGACAUAAUAUUCAGAGCAUAUACACUUCCAAUUCACCGCAUUCGCUCAUUAGAAGAUGCCUCGCUAGGCAAGUGUCUCGUCUCUAUAGUCAUUAGCAACCAUAUCCCUUACAUAACCCUCACUCUGGAAGCUACCCACGCUUCCAUCUUCGAGACACGCAUCACGCCAUCAUUGAUGGUAAAAGUGGUACAUGCUGUACAAGUACUUCUGGAAUUCGUGUCAAUGGAUAGAACACGUCAAACAUACUACUUGCAACUCAAAACGGCAGAAUUAGCUCAGAUGUUUGAGACCGUAGUCAAGCAGAAGCGAUUAGACUGCUUGAACUCUAUGAUUGAUUCCUUCAUGUCCGAACAGUCUAUUUUUAUCUCAGAUGAAGUAGGACGCCAAGAGAUGCGUCAAAUUGAAUCGUGUGUUGUAGAUGUGAUCGUGUCAAGUCGACAUCAUCUAGGACGUGCCAACCUUGUGGUGUCGAAAGCUGAAGAUAACAAGACUUUUGUGUCUUUGGUAACGACAACAAACUCGCUCUUGCUCAACACAGCAUUGGAUGGAUCCGUCUCUUGUGUUCUUGAUUAUUCAUCUCGUAUGCUCAUUCUGAGGAAAUCGGUUUCUGCUCACUGCAUCGAGCUCACUUUGAUUGUGGCCAACUGCAUGGAAGAAGCUGCCAAAGUCUAUGAAGCCAUCCGUGGAUCCUUACUUGCUACUUCUCGUUAUGACAAUCAAUUAUCCUCAAACGCUACAACAGAAACGAUCGAGUCCAAAGAUGCAGAUAACUCGAAUGACAAAGCAUCAGUUAUGGCUCUGUUCUCAAAUUCCUCAGUCGAGUCGCUUCCCGAUCUUGCAAAGAUAGUUCAGAAGACGACGACAGUGUAUAGGUCUUCCUGGGCUGCGCAAGUCUUGCCUGUUGCUCGCAACACCGCAUUCGCUACGCCAGCAUUGGCUGUAGGUGGCUGCUCAUCUCAGCUGGAUCGUUUUGCAUUGGCCAACGUGUUACGUCAAGGCAACAGUCCCCCUGCCUUCAAACUGUCAGCAGCAACAUCAAUCGAAGCUGCAGUAUCAUCCAAACCUGUUGAGGCAUCUGACAACUUCCAAGGAAACAAUACUGUCGAAGUACCUCAAAACGUAAUCUGGAUUCCUCAACCUACUAUUGCUGCAAAAAGGCGCUUUUCUGGUUCACCAGCAUUGCCACGAGGCUUUGGCUCGCAACCAGCUGGAUUUCCCAAGUUUGCCAAUACAAUGCCGUCAUUAAAUCUGCAUCCAACGGAACUCGAAACCCAUUUCACCAUCAGUAACAAUAAUACCCAAAACACUGACGAGGGUGUUGCAACCCUUCCUUCCUCGCUUGCUGAUGAGAACCACAAGACUUGUGACAGGUGUCAUAACGAGACAGACGUCGAGUCUGCGCCUCAUAUACAUCGUCUUGUUAAGGAUUUGGUAGAGCAUACCCCCAGGGUGUCAACUGGACGAGUCUUGUCAGUAUCGGAGAAGGCAGAAGAGUCAGCACCAGUGCUAGUCGAAAAAAACAACGUCGGUGAUGCAGAAAAUGAAAGUGUAGAUGAAGGAGCUCAAGAUAUGUAUGAGGAUGACGAAUUCAUAGAUGAUGAGGAAGAGGACAUCAGAAUGUAUCAACAACAGGCAGAAGCCUCAAGGAAGCAACGUAUCGAGCUUGAAGAUAAGAUGAAGAAGAUGCGAUUGGAGAUGCAAGAGAUGAGAGAUAGCAUUGAUUUCAAAACGAAAGAUUUAUUUGAAAGAGGUCUAUAA